AUGGACGACCAGGACGCCCACCUUGCGGACCUUCGCUACAUCAUUAACCAUGUUUUCAUGCCUUUGAAACUCCCGCGGCAGUCAGAUCACGACGUGUUAAAAGAAGGAGCUUUGGCACAUUUGACAUCCAGAGUCGCAAGAUCUUUCCGCUCUUAUGUUCCCCCACAAUAUUUGCUGACAUGGGAUGCUGUAACCAUCAUGCUCUCUCACCUACAUAAGUCUGCCAGUAAAUCCUAUUUGUCCGCCGAUACAAUCCGUUAUCAGCUUCAGUCCAUGGAAGCCGGAGACUUGCGCGUUUUCUACAGCCGACGUCAAAAUGCCGGGCUCAUCGUCCGGAAAGCAUGGGACUGUAUCAUUUUCGAAUCGUUUGAAGCUUCCCCUUCUCCAGAUGCCGUCAUGCAGGUCACGGGAAAACUUCUUUGUUCUUUUCCAGGGCCAGCGGUGAGCAUCUCAAAUACUGUAGGCCAAGAACCGGAAUUCCUCGAUCAACUGUCGAAGUUUCUGGAGGGAUUAGACGAGGAAGAAUUUCUAGACGCAAUUCCUCACACGAGCAAAGCCGGAGUUCUUGUUCCAGAAACCCGAGACUCGAUCAACCCCCGAUAUGUUACCGAGUUGUUGACGGGCAUUCUCCUUGGAUUCGGCACCCCCGCCGACGUUCCUCGAGUGUCCAAGCGCAUUGGGGACGAUGUCCAAUGGUUAAACGCGGAGCUGCCGUGGAGGCGGUCUCCCCUCUGGCUCGUCAUCAGGGUCUCCUUGCAAACCACGCUUUCCAGGAUCACUGGCGGUCUGCUCGUAUAUAAAUCAUUCAUCCUGUUCCUGAUCACCGACAUCGUCCAGCGUGUCAUCAACGACUACCUUCCGCGUUUCUCCGAUGAAGUACUCUUCCAGAUGUCGGCAAAGAUGGGUCGUAGGCUUCAUAAGCUUGGGUCGUCUGCUCUUCCAGGGCUCGCGAAGAUUACGUGCAAGGUUGCCAAAGCAGCCCGAAACGCGUUGGAAGAACGCAGCCAAGCCCUGACUCCAUCCCCUCUUCCCGUGCUUCAGCUCACCACAUCUGAUUUCGAACGAGACGUGAAUUUAUCGUUGAAAAAUAGUCGAUCGUAUAUUCAACGGGCGUUAUCAUUCAAAGCGCCUCCAAACCCUCCUUCAUUCUUCACUCGAAAACGUGCUCCCCGUGAGCACGAUCUGGCAGAGUUCCUCAAGACACUCGGUCGCCGGCUUUCAGAAAAUCGAGACGAUGAGAGGUAUCUUACGCUUAUAGACUUCGAAACAGCGGUUCAGAACUCGCUCCACGACGCCAAAGCCUGGUGUGAGACUAUAGCGGAUGUUGAUACAACCUGCAUCAACCUUAAGGAGAUCAUGGAUGUGUACCAUGACAAGGCUCUGGCACUAUACUGUGAUAAUCCCGAGAACAUCUCAGUUAUGUAUCUGACGCUCCUACUCCUGUGGGUCGCGUUAGACCAUCUCGUUCUGGCGAAGAUCCCUCUGCUUUGGGAUUACUGCCCGGAGUUUAGCCGUACCGUAUUCGAGCCUCUCCUUCUCCGAACGCGGCGAUCUCGCACGCUGCUUCAAGGUGCUCUAGCCCAUCUAUCCUCGCGCCACGCCCGCGCGACAAACAGGCCUGUUCUUGAAGGACAUAUGGAUAGCUACUCCUUCCCAGUCCAAUAUUUUCGCAGCUCCUUCACGCUGCAGGCGCUCAAGAAACAGAUCGAAGAUGAUGCUGAAGUGAAAAAAGAGGAGAAAUUGGAUGAGCUAGACUGGAAAACACAAGAAUACGAACAAAUAAUGCAGCGGGCUCACAGCCUCACUCACGAGCAUGAUCAGGAUGCAUCCGAUUCGGAUGAAGACGACACAUGGGAGGAGUAUGAACUUGAAGACCAGCCGUGCUUGAGGUGCGAACUGGAGGACCAGGCCACAGCGAUGAAGAUUGGCGUCUAUGAAUGGCCGCUGCCUUCCGACGAUCUGCAAGCGAUGUGUGCAGUUUUCGAGCUUGACUGCCCCGUACCUUUUGCUGCAUGGCGGGAUGCUACCUAUCACUUUGUCGCCGAAGUCCUUGACCCGAACACGUCAGAUGCAGACGGAGAGCAAGACUGGUAUGGCGUCCUCGACCCUGACAGUUCGUCCAGGUAUUUUCCUUUGAUGAUAUACGCACGUAGUCCUGGGUUCUGCAGACGCAUCGCUAUGGGGUCGUUGACGAAACCCUUCCGACAGUCUCAUUAUCGAGUACUCUCUCUGGAUGGGAACCCUACUAGCGAAUCUGUUGCUGUAGAAAACGCCCUCGAAUUCUGGCUUUUUGACACUACUCUCAACCAGCAUUCCGCUUGCUGCAUUGGUGUUAAAGACGUUGCCGAGUCUUGCACCUUCGAUAUCCCUGAAGGAACAUACUCAAAUCUCCAAUUCGCCCUGCAGACCACAACUCAUACCACGAACGAAGUAUUGGCACAGCAAUCUGAUUGUCACCCUCAGCUAUCUCUCCGUGAAUAUUGGGCCUACGCAAGCCUCCGUAGUGGUGCUCGGCUGCAAUGGAUGAACAUCCUCCGGGUGCUUAGGGACCGGUCGCUGAACUUUCGUGAGGUAGAGGUUUACCUUCUAUGCGUCCAAGCGUCUCUCCAGGUCGGACCUCUCGAUGUCGAUUCUUUUGCAUCCUGGCACUCUCUUCUACACGAGAGGGAGUUUUGCUCGUCGUUGAUUCAGGAGCUGAGUAAGCUCCUUGCUGACAUACGGCAGAACUGGCUCGAGCUUUUCUCCAUGCUCCUAGUCAUUGAUAUUCUGCUGAGAGUUAUAUCUUCAUCUACAAACAAAGAUGUUACUCGAGCAGCAUACCUAACGCUUCGGGAAUGCCGUUCAGUGAGCAUUGCUUGGCUUGACGAGCUUUGCAAGCACCCAGAUCGCUCCCGGCAUGAACAAAUACAGCAACGCAUCCACGAUGUCGCAGCCGCAUGCGUUGUCACCUUUGAUACAGAAGCCCUUCACAUCAAUUCGCUACUCUCCCGAAACGAUUCCAAUGAUGUCGCCCAGCUGGUUAAGGCGUCGAUCAUUCUUGACGAGUAUGCCCCUGCAUCGGAUGAUGGUUUACCGACUAGCUCCGUAUUGCUUUCGGAACGAGCGAGGCGCUUGGCUGUAGUCUUGGAACCGUAUCUGUACGACCGCAUAACACUGGAUCGGACAGGACUGGACCAAGCCGUUCGAUUUGUCUGGGGUGGGUAUCGCCCAGAUUACAAGAAACCAUGGACCCGUAUGAAAGCCGUCGCCAACGCUCGAUGGAUUACAUGCAGGACACUUCAGACUACCGAGCAAUGUUCUCAGACAGUACAGUAUGACCUCUUGAGUGGCGCCCUGCUCAUAGACGGCAAGACUUUCGCAAGGCUACCCUCAUCCAUCACUCAUCAUCCGACAUAUACUCAGCUAUUCUCCGAGCAAAUCCUAGAAGUCGUCCCCAGCGAUCUGCCUGGCAUGCAAUACACAACUAGGGGCCAUAUUGAGAAUCACCAGGUGUUCUUUGGGCUAGUUGAUGACAUGCCAGUAAUCAGAGCGAAGCGGGUCGCGGGUGGACCUCUCUUAGAACUCAUCCCAUCCGAACGAUUGCGAGGCGAUAUCCCUCUUCCUUACGUGGAUGGACAUACCCAUUGGCUCAAUUUGGCCUCACGUGUCAUCGAAGUUCGGCCUACACAUCGCAGAUGGGAGUCGUCGGGCAAAUCGGAUUGGCGCAUCCAUUUCUCGUCUCACCGCUCUCGCAUGGUUCGAAAGUUGCAAUCGGGAGCGGUUUCCCAAAUAAUUGACCUCUCCAGUUCUACGCGCAGCAUGCUAUCCCGGUACUUGGAUCCCAUCGAAUUGUCGGCAUAUCAGGUUGUGAUAUGGACGCCAGGCGCUCCUUUGGAGAAGUUGCUUGUUGAACUACCGCGCUCGGGAUUCUCAUUCUUCCUCAACCCUGAGGGCAAGCUACAGUCGCGUGAGCUUACUAACUUCGUCGUCGACACAAACCAGUCAACGGGGACAAUGAUUGGGCUGCAAAGCCAACUUGUUCUGGCGCCAAACCCAUUAGACGACUGUAGUGGUGAAGAGAUGCGUCGUGUGAUUAUUCCACGAGGAUCCAUCUCAUAUACAACUUCAUCGCGACACCCUCGCAUUUCCAUCCAAAACCCCGAAUCCCUGACCAGAGUCUCCUACGAUAUCUACAAGGUAGACACGCUUCUCGGCCGACUGGAGCUCGAUGGCCUCUCAAGCAUAACCUCCCGUCUUUAUAAGGUCUACCUUCAUGCCAUCAGUACUCAGUGCCUACCAGAUUCCUUGACUCAGCGCACAGGAACUGAAGAAGCUCUGCGUGAACUUCGCUCGGCAGCGUGCUUGUCCUUCAGCUUGCUUCAUGACGAGGAUAUUGUCCUGCUUAGGUGCAUAUCAGGACUUACGCCCCGUCGCCGCUAUUAUCCGCCUGCGCGCGAACGAAUGCAAAGCGUGCUCUGGGGGAAGCUCAGUUCUAUAGCUCAGCAUGAAGGUUUUCGUGAAGCGGUGGCUAGCAUUUUGACGCACGCCAAACGCAUGAACACCAUCGAUUCCACGUUAUGUCAUGCAAUAUCAGGUCUCGAAAGGUCAGAAGAGGGAAGUACCGACUCCCCAAAGUUAAUUUGUCGAGCAAAACUUCGCAGACAAUUCGUUCAGCGGGACGGGUUUGCUAGCCUCGAAUGCGAUGCUCAGGACUCAGAUACUGUCCACAACUCUCAAUGGGAUGUCUCACGCGAAGUUUUGGUCCAGCAAGUUUCGGCCACGUCUGCUAUGGUAUUCCGUUGGUCGAGAAGGUUAUCGGUGCCCCCACCUCCAGAUUUGUUCGACGUGAUGAAGUCGAUUUCUUCCGGGUCCACCUUGGAAAGGCACCACUGUUCGUCUUUGCAAUAUAGCCGUAUCUGGCUCUCAGAGCCAAAGAUCAUCUGGCUCACUGCCCUGGAGUUAUGCCGAAAGGCGCCAAACAAGUUCCAACUUCUUUUUACCCUGCCAUCGAUGUCAUAUAGUAAUCACUAUCACGAGAAACAGGAACUGAUAGCAGCCUUGUUCGGCAUCGCUUACGGGGCUUCCACUGGCCCGGCACCCUCAAACAUUCUGCAUUCGUCCUACACUCUCGAUGAUGGAACAAAGUUGGAUGCCGAUGCCCUAAGCAGGGUCAUAUCGGCACACUGUCGCUCUCUUCGUAACUGUCCAGAAGGGACCUGGACUCGAAGCAAAGGCGAAAGCCACGGCACGUUUCAAAUUCGACAAACUAAAUCUCACUCGUUUAAGAUGUCGAAGCUCAAGCCUAGAUUGCUGGAUUCCUUUCUUUCACAAUUGAAGAUGGGAGACAUGCCUCAGCAGCCGCCUGGAGAAUUCGUACUCUACUUCGACUUUGACAAAUUGUUGUCGGAAGUUCGCCGCUUAUUUAUCAGCUGGUGGCGGAACAAGGAACUACAAGUCUAUGCUGCAAGACUUCAAAGGCAGCUCUCUCAGACUGCUUGGUCCACUAUGCGUACUCAAAGGUAUGAUUCGGCUUGCAUUCGCUCGGACCUGUUGAAUGACAGUCACCCCCCAAGUUACUCCUUCCUGCCUGCAAGUAGAGGGCCGGAAACUCAUCCCACUGGGCUAUCCUCUCUCGAUCUCCUGUGUCGCACGGUUUGUGGAGGACUUUCAUUUCCGGUGUCGCUUCUGGCACAACACUUCGGAGCCAACAGCCACAGUAAAUCAGCAACGCAAGAUAACCGCCUGCACUCACUAAUAACCCGAAUUCAGGGCCUUUCGCAAGGUCCUCCCUACAAUAUCUAUAGUGAAAGUCUGGAACAGAGCAGGAAGGCUCUUGCUCAAAAUUACCUCUCUGAUCCAGAGUGGGAAGACAGCUCAAUUAUCAGACCUUUGGCUGAAGAGGAUCUUCGGCUGUGCAAAGACCGCAUGAUUCUGUCAUGCGACACGAUCAUACGAGCUCUGGCGCCGCAGACCGAUCACGACAUGGCUUUAGCCCACACCGGGUUGUGGCCGAGUCUCUCGACUUUAUGUCUUUUGCGCUACCUGGACUUGAACCAUUUCCCGUCGCUUAUGCUACAUUGGAAGAGCACGCUUCUGGAUUUUGCGCGCAUUGUUAUCGCUCUGCAAACAAGUCGGCGGCGAGUCGUCAUGGCUAAGAGGGGCGACGACCAGGAUCUAAUACGGGAUCUUGAACACACUAAGCAGCAGUGCUACGUGACGACUGCUUGUCCCGACUGGCUUCUUCUGCAGAUUGAUGGUGACUUCACGCUACGCGACGUUCAGCACCAGAUCGCAGACAAGAUGAUAUCCCAAGGCUCUCAUCAAAGCAUUACCCUUCAGCUCAACAUGGGUGAAGGAAAGUCAUCUGUAAUUGUGCCCUUAGCUGCGUCAGUCAUAGCAGACAAGUCCAAGCUUGUUCGCUUGAUUGUCCUCAAGUCGCUGGCUGCUCAGAUGGCCCACACCAUGGAAAAUCGUCUCACCGGUCUUGCGAACCGUCGAGUCUAUUACCUACCUUUUACACGUUCCACUCAGCUUGAUUCGGAGACGCUCAAAGCAGUAAGAUCGGUUUUGGAAGAGUGCAAGGAGAGCGGAGGGAUCCUCAUUGUGCAACCAGAACAUAUCUUGUCAAUGAAGCUUCGCGCGGUGGAGUGUCAGCUUCCGGGAAAGUCUUCUUCUGCCGCCGCCGCACUCGGUCAUCUCCAACGCUGGAUAUCCAAUUAUUCUCGGGAUAUCUUGGACGAAAGCGACGAAAUUCUGCAUGUCCGCUACCAGCUGGUGUACACCUGCGGCGCACAUCAACGGUUACAAGGGCAUCCGAAUCGAUGGACUACCACCCAGGAGAUACUGCGACUAGCUCGUGGGCAUCUGCACAAACUCUUCUUGAAGGACCCAUCCAUGUUUUCAACUCAAGGAACGAGUCGGUUUGAGGAUGCUCAUCCGUCGGCAUUUCCACCAGUCCGACUGGUUCAGUCGUCGCCUGCGGCUAGUGAACUACUACAACUUCUCGUGUCCGACGUCUUGGAGGGUCGACUGUCCAACUGCAAUCUUCAUCACUUUGACGAGUCAGAGAGAGACGCGUUCGAGAUGUUCAUCUCGGAGCCAUCCGUGACCAUCGAGGCACAAGGACUCUUGUCUGAUCUUCGCGCACGAGACACAUUGGACGAGAACGUUUGGAGCUUGGCUUUACUACUUCGUGGGCUCAUAGCUCAUGAAAUCCUAAUAUUCUGUCUCCGGGAUAAGCGGUACCGUGUCGAUUAUGGCCUUGACCUGCGCCGUUCAAUGUUGGCCGUCCCUUAUCGUGCCAAGGACGUCCCUUCCACUACCGCGGAGUUUGGACACCCCGACGUUAUCGUUCUCCUUACUUGUCUUAGCUAUUAUCUCUCGGGUCUUUCAGAGACACAGCUCGAAUUGUGUAUUCGAUUUCUUCUCAUCAGCGACAAUCCAGCAUCUGUAUACGAAGAUUGGAUCUCAGUUGUAGCGGCUUCCGACCUUCCCGAAUCGUUAAAGUCCUUCAAAGGCCUCAAUGCUGACUCAGUGGAUCAACGACGCUUCCUCUCUGGAGUUUUCGGACAUAAUCAAGCAACCAUCGACUUCUACUUGCGCACCGUUGUCUUCCCUCAGCAGGCAAAGGAAUUCGAGAGCAAGCUGGUGACCUCAGGGUGGGAUAUCGUAGAGCCAAAGAGUCACAUCACCACCGGUUUCAGCGGUACGAACGACUUCCAGCACCUUUUACCGACACACAUUCUCCAAAGAGACCCCGAGCAUCAGCUCUCCACAAACGCCCGUGUUCUCGACUACAUGUUGCGGGAUGAGAAUGAUCACUACGAGACGUUCGCCUUUCCCGACGGGUUGCGCUUCGUGGAGAAGCUGGCGCAGACGCAGCCGAAAGUUCGCAUGUUGCUCGAUGUCGGCGCGCAGAUGCUGGACGUCAAAAACAAGGAGCUGGUUGACCGUUGGCUGGGGUGCGAAUCCCCAGAAGAAACAAUUGCUGCAGUUUACGUCAAUGAUCAAGAUGAGUUGACCGUUUUACACCGGAACGGGCACGAAGAGCCAUUGUCGAACUCGCAUGUCAAUCAACAUCUUGGACAAUGCGUAGUCUACCUUGAUGAUGCGCACACUCGGGGCAUGGACGUCAGAUUGCCCUCCGGAUUUCGGGCUGCUGUAACUCUCGGGCCAAAAGUCACGAAAGAUCGGCUAGCUCAAGGGUGUAUGCGUAUGCGUCGUCUGGGCUCAGGCCACUCAAUUGCUUUCUUCGCCCCCCCAGAGGUAGAAACGAAAAUCCGCCAGGUUGCCACGAGGAAGAUAGUAAGCAAGUUUACUGUUGAAGAUGUGUUGCUUUGGGUCAUCUCGGAGACAUGUGCGGAACUCAAAUCGCGAGCGCCCCAGUGGGCGUACCAGGGCAUUGAUCAUGAUAAUCGCUACAAGGCUUGGACAGAGUUCGUCAAAGCGGAGUCCUCCGAUGGAACAGAGCUUCAAAACCUCCGACAAGUGUGGAUUCAGAAGGAGAUGCGUACGCUUGAACAACUCUACGGCAUUCGCUCAGCCUGCAUUGUGCACCCGCUCAAAGAUAUAACGAGAUUUCCUGGUAUCCACCAGCGUUGUGUCAAACUUGGUCUUGCCCCCAGUUCUGUGGAGCAGGAAGUUGCACUAGACGAGGAGCAAGAGAGGGAGGUAUUACACGAGAUUGAGCGAGAAGAACAAGUGCACUGUCAGCGUCCGCUUUCUAGAUCUCCUCGGCAGCAUCACCUUUCAGCAGACAUGAAGAAUUUCGUCCAGACAGGUUCUUUCGGGUUCUCGCAGCGCUCUGCCUCCUUCAUUCCAGCCUUCUCACUCAACCUAACAGGCACCCCAGCUAAGUUUCUGAAAAAUAUGAAAGGGGAGCUGUGGACGACUAGAGAUUUCGCCGAAACCGUUGGGCCAUUCCAGUCUCUCGAAAUGGACUUCCUCCGCCCCGUUCAGUGGGUUCUUUCGACCGUGCGCCAUGAUCCUAAUGCCAGCAAGGAUGCGAUAUUCGUUCUUAUUAGUCCAUACGAAGCAAACGAGUUACUUCCUGAUAUCAGGCGGUGUAUGAAAGUCCAAUUGCACAUUUUCACCCCGCGACUCACGUUGGAGAUGGCAUCUUGCGACGACCUCCAAUUCUUCACGAUCCCCCCCGUCGAGUACCCUACCCUCGUACUAACUCGCAUCCGCAUGGAGCUAAUAUUGUUUUCUGGCCAACUCUACCUCUCGAGCUACGACGAUUACAUUGAAUUCUGCAAAUUCUUGGGUGUAUUCGCAAAUGACUUGAAAGGCUUACCCGAGCUCCACGUCUCUCAUGAUGGCUUCAUCAACUCUUGGGAUCGCCCAUCAGGCAUUCGAGCGGAGUCUGCGUUUUCGAUUAAUCCUAUACGUCCACUCACCGCUCUAAUGGGCGCCCGCCUGAAUGGAAUGAGCUUUAGCCAUACACACAUUGGGAAAAUACUGAGUGGUAGACUCCUUUUCCCCGAAGACUUUGGUUCAAGUGCAUCACAACCUGAGUUCGCGAGCCCAGUGAAACGGGCUUGCCUGAACCGCCUCGAGAUUCGCGAGAGUCCGUCAAGCAAGGCCGAUUUCCAAGAUGAAUCCCGUCUUCCUUGCGAAUGGUCUCUGGGAGAUGAAGAAGCAACGACGGCAUGA